UCUCCGGUGGCGGCUAUUUAAGGGCGAGCGGGUGGCAAAGGAGAGAUGGGGGCUCGCCUCGGUUUGGCUCUGGCUGCCUGGCGACUGGCCCCGCUCGCAGAUCGCCUUCCUCCUUGCUUGGAUUAUUUCCGCGUUGAUGGGCAGCAAGGGUGGCGUGUCUCCUUUGUCAUAUGAGCAAACUGGUCAUUCCAGUAAAGAGAAACCUCAAGUCGCCACGCUUCUCGUCUCAUGCCGAGGGUUCCACCUCGAUCCUCUCGCAAGAGGCCGAGCGGGCGCUUGGACGACAGGUGCUGCGACUCAGCGGCUGGCCUCCGAGAAGGCGGCGGGUGCUUCGGACGCUGCGACGGGAUUGGCGGCUGAACCUCUCACGUCCCCUCCGAGCGCGCCAUGAAAACGGGUGGCCUGGAUAACGCGGCUUUCCAGACCUCCAAUCCGGAUCUUCUUGACCCUCAGCUCUCCCCGGUGACCCCGAGUGUCUUGUCAUCGCCGACCUUUGUUAACCCGGACGAGGAGCUCUGCGGGAUUGGCCAGUGCACUCCUCGCGCCUUGCAGGUCUGCAACAAUGUCAAAGGGUACUUGGUCUUCUACAGCCUCCUCUCGGUCUUCCAAGGGAUUAUAGUAAAUGGAUUGAUAAAUGUGAGCAUUUCUACAAUUGAGAAGCGUUAUGACUUGAACAGUUCCCUCACUGGCAUAAUCUCUGCUGGUUAUGACAUUUCAUUCUCUGGGUUAUGCCUUUUUAUAUCCUUCUAUGGUGAAAGAGGUCACAAACCAAAAUGGCUGGCUUUGUCGUCUUUCCUGAUUGCUACAGGAGCAUUUGUAUUUUCUAUGCCACAUUUUACUAGUGGAAUAUACACGUUUGGAGAAAAAGUGGAAGACAUCUGUCCAGUACCUCUUUCUGGAAGCCAAGAUAUCUCAUGCCACCCUGGCAGCAAAUCUAAACUUUCCAACUACUUCUAUGUCUUCUUGCUGGGUCAGCUCCUCUUAGGAGCCGGUGGAACUCCCCUUUAUACACUGGGUACAACUUUCAUCGAUGAUAGCGUCCCAAAGCACAAAGCUUCGGUCUACAUAGGAAUUGGAUAUGCCAUGUCACUGCUGGGUCCUGCCAUUGGCUAUGUUUUAGGAGGACAGUUGCUUAAUAUCUAUGUUGAUUUCAAUCAUAAUAUAAGUGUAGACAUCACUCCAGAAGAUCCACGCUGGGCUGGAGCUUGGUGGAUAGCCUUUGUGAUAUGCAGCUUCUCUACCUGCCUUUUGGUAGUACCAUUUUCAUUUUUCCCAAAGCAUUUGCCAGGUACAAGCAAAAUACAAGCAGAGAAGAUUUCUGAAACACAUCAUGAUGGAAAACAGAUGUAUGAAUACACUGGGAAGAGUAUUAAGGAUUUUCUUAUGAUUCUCUGGAUGCUGCUAAGGAAUCCCGUGUUGAUGUGUCUUGUAAUAGCGGCUGCAUUAGAAGCUUUAGUUGCUACUGGUUUUGCAACUUUCUUGCCUAAAUUUAUAGAAAAUCAGUUUGGAUAUACAACUAGCUAUUCAGCUACCUUAGGAGGACUUGUCUUAAUCCCAGGAGCAGCAAUUGGCCAAAUCAUAAGUGGUACCUUAAUUUCCAAGCUCCAAAUGAAUUGCAAAACUAUACUCAAAUUUAUUAUUGCUACUUGUUCGGUGGCGCUGCUAUUAAACUUGGUGUUCACGAUUGCUAAAUGUGGGAAUGAACCAUUUGCUGGUGUUUCUGAAACAUAUAAUGGGACAGGCAUGUUAUCAAACUUAUCAGCACCCUGCAAUGCCCACUGUAGAUGUUUACGUUCAGACUUUUUGCCCAUCUGUGGUGCAGAUGAAGUCCAGUAUUUUUCUCCAUGUUAUGCAGGAUGUACCAGUGUUGUUCUUCAGAACCAUGGAGCAAAGCACUUCAGCAAUUGUUCCUGUGUUGGGAAUCCCAUAGUUGAAAUUGAGAAUACCUUCCAUGGGGCCAUUUCUGGAAAAUGUAAAUCUAAGUGUACAGUCCUGCCUUGGUUCCUUACCUUCUUCUUCUUAGCUGUUGUUUUUACUUUUAUGGCAGUAACACCAACAACCGUGGCCAUUCUCAGAUGUGUGCCAGAAAAUCACAGAUCGUUUGCUCUGGGUGUUCAUAUGCUCUUUCUACGACUUAUAGGCACUAUUCCUGGUCCGAUCCUUUUUGGUGUUUCAAUAGACCAUUCUUGCACUCUCUGGUCUAGAGAUAAAUGUGGACGUAGAGGAGCAUGUUGGACCUAUAACAACAGCAAAAUGGCAUAUUUGCUAUUUGGUAUAAGUGCAUGUUCCAAAGCAGUUUCUCUACUUUUUACUAUUAUAGCAUGUAUGUUAUAUAAGCCUCCACCAGAUAUUAUUGAAGCUUCGAAGAAGAAUGAUAAAACAAGCAUUUCAAUACAUCUUUAAAUGAGGAACAACUAAUCUUUCUGGAGAAAGUCAAAGAAAAAUCUCAGGUAUAUCCAAUGGCAGCUGUGACUUCUGAGUAAGGAUGAUACCAGCCCUGGAGGACUCUGAGCAACUCAUUUACAUUUUUAAAAAACUAAAUACAGUUUUACUUUAAAUCCAUUUUACUUCAA